UUUUAAUCCCGGUGCUGCGAUCCUCCAUACAGCCGCGGCUGCAAUCAUGACGUACGCGUGGUUCGAGCUGGACAGCCUACCACACAGCACUCUUGUGCAGCAGCAAAAGGGGGGUCACUUUCAGUUUUUGACUAUCCAAGGACUCGUGGUAGCAUGGCUAACCAUGGUUUUGAGCUUGUCAGCCGAUGUAUUCCCUUCGAUUAAAGCCAUACGAAAAGUCAAGCGUGCCCUCUUCAUGAUCGCAAUGCCGCUGGCGGCGGUGAUAUCUGCUAUAUACUGGGGUUUAAUUCUUUUUAUGCCUCACCUAAUUCUAAGGGCUUCAGAGAAGGAAGAAUGGCAGCCUGCGACUGCCACCUCCGACCUUCCUGGUCUCUUGCGGGUACCUAUCAAGCUUGAUCUCGCGCUUCAUGCCAUUCCUGGCACCGCGCUCAUCUUCGACUUCUUCCUCUUCGAGGUCAAGUAUGCGAAGAACACGGCCCGUUAUGGCGGAGCAGUCAUCGCUACUCUGGCUGGCAUCUGGUACUCGUGCUGGGUCGAGUACUGUGCGUCUUACAACAAGAUAUUCCCGUACCCGUUCCUCACAUUCAACCCGUUCCCUAUCCGGGUCGCCAUUUACUUCGCCGCAAGUUCGUUCUCCUACCUGGUCUUCCAAGUGCUGAACUGGGUCCACCCAUGAGGAGCCGCUGAGGAUAAUCUGUACUAGCUGCCCACUUGCCGACUAGACCUAUCAUAUUCAGAAAGAUUUUGAACGAAUCUGAGGCUAUUUUGACGUUAUCAA